CUUCUUUCUAUCAACGGUGAAGAGGAGCUAAGGGAGGAAGUUACAGAACACAAAGCAUCAUGCCCAGAUCAGGAAUGUUUAACAAGUGUGAUCUGCAUCGUAAUCAGUUUGUCUGCUGGCUUGGUUUGUGGCGUCAUGUUGUUUGGAGGUUUCUAUUAUAUCUAUAGGAACAAUCAGUCUGAAAUCGUGUCAUGUCUUGUCUCAGAGAAAACGAAGAGAAGGGUUGAAAAAGAGGCUCUGCUCAAGAAAGAAUCCGAGAAGAAGCAAGCGGAGCUGGAUGUCUGGACGCCAGUUUUGUCUUCAUUGAAGGAAGUGAAGAGCGGACUGGAGAAACAAAAGUUAGAAAUCAAAUCACAGUUAGAGACAAUAAAGAAGGAGAGGGAGAAAAACAAGGAGAAGGUGAAAGAAAUGGAGAAAAAAAUAUCGGACAGUAGGAGGGAAAAUGCUACUGACAGAGCAGAAGGAUACGUGAGAGAGAAAGAGAGCCUGUUAGAUGCUCUGGGUAAACUGGAGAAAAGAAAUGAAGAGCUGGAUGAACAGGAACUAAACACAGAGGGACUUCUACUGAAAUUAGAGAGAGUGAUUAAUAAAAUGAUAGAAACCCUUAAGAUCAAAGAAAAUGAAAUGAUGCUGAUUGACUUACAACUGGGACAAGGAGAAAGUGAAGAUGACAUCGUUCACCUUCACAGAGAGUAGUCAGGGUCAGGGUUAGGGUUGGGAAACACAGUCAGUGUAUCAUGUCUGUGCACUGAAUCUUUUCAUCUGGUUCAUAACAGCUGUACGAAAUAACAGCUGUAAGAAAUGUUUUCAAUUUAAAGACAAAGAGAAAGUCAAAGUGUUGUGAUUCUGUCAGUUUUGCACCACUUUAAAACCCAACAAACUUGAUGAGUCAUAUACCAUCCUUCAAUAUUUGUUUUUUUUUUGCUUUAUGGGGCAACAAUCAACUGAUGAUUACAGUUAUUAUGAUCUCUUUUUAUUUAUAUGCACUAAAGACAUGCAAUAAUAAUAAGACAAUUAGCCCCGAAGUAUAGCGGCCGAAGCAACAGAGUCCGCUACACGACGUUAUAAUGAGAAUAUUUGACUUUAAAUCAAUGCUAUGUGUAAUCCAAUGGAAUGACAACAUCCACAAAAGAGA